UCGAGUAGCGCGCGACACCGAUAUAAAGACGUGCACUCCCCAGCGCUUCUCCCACAACACUACACCUGCACCAGAUAGCGGUCAAGUACUCUGCUUCGUUGCCACGCACGAUGAGAUCGCUUGCGGUGGUGGCCGUGGUGGUAGCCACGGUGGCCAUGGCCAUCGGCGCCGCGCGCGGCAGCGUGUCCUCCGUCGUCUCCCGCGCACAGUUUGACCGCAUGCUACUGCACCGCAACGACGGCGCCUGCCAGGCCAAGGGCUUCUACACCUACGACGCCUUCGUCGCCGCCGCAGCUGCCUUCCCGGGCUUCGGCACCACCGGCAGCGCCGACGCCCAGAAGCGCGAGGUGGCCGCCUUCCUGGCACAGACCUCCCACGAGACCACCGGCGGGUGGGCGACCGCACCGGACGGGGCCUUCGCCUGGGGCUACUGCUUCAAGCAGGAACGUGGAGCCGCCUCCGACUACUGCACCCCGAGCGCCCAGUGGCCGUGCGCCCCAGGGAAGCGAUACUACGGCCGCGGGCCCAUCCAGCUCUCCCACAACUACAACUACGGGCCUGCUGGCCGGGCCAUCGGGGUCGAUCUGCUGAGCAACCCGGACCUGGUGGCAACCGACCCCACAGUGUCGUUUAAGACGGCGAUGUGGUUCUGGAUGACGGCUCAGGCGCCAAAGCCGUCGAGCCAUGCUGUGAUCACGGGCCAGUGGAGCCCCUCAGGGGCAGACCGGGCCGCAGGGCGGGUGCCCGGGUUUGGUGUGAUCACCAACAUCAUCAACGGUGGGAUCGAGUGCGGGCACGGGCAAGACAGCCGCGUCGCUGAUCGGAUCGGGUUUUACAAGCGCUACUGCGACAUCCUCGGCGUUGGCUACGGCGACAACCUCGACUGCUACAACCAGAGGCCCUUUGCUUAAUUAAUUAGUUAUGUAUAAUCUUGGCCCUGGGCAAAAUACAAUAAGAGGGUCAUCUCCUAUCUACAUGUUGUAAGAUGUAACUAUGGUUACCUUUUAUGCGGAACAUAACAAAGGCAUCUCGUAUGGAUGCUUUGGUAC